CAUGAUGAUUUGGAUCCAUUUCAUGAUGCCAUGGAAGAUAGAAGGUACCCUGGUGAAGUUACAAUUCCAAGCCCUAAACCCAAAUAUCCUCAGUGUAAAGAGAGCAAGAAGGACUUAAUAACAUUGUCUGGCUGUCCAUUGGCUGAUAAAAGUAUUCGUAGCAUGAUGGCCACCAGUUCACAGGAGCUCAAAUGCCCAGUCCCUGGCUGUGAUGGACAAGGUCAUGUGACGGGGAAGUAUGCAUCACAUCGCAGUGCAUCUGGAUGUCCACUGGCGGCCAAGAGGCAGAAGGAUGGCUACUUGAAUGGCUCACAGUUCUCAUGGAAAUCUGGAAAAACUGAAGGCAUGUCCUGUCCAACUCCUGGAUGCGAUGGUUCUGGACACAUUAGUGGGAGUUUUCUUACACAUCGGAGUUUAUCGGGAUGUCCAAGAGCCACAUCAGCAAUGAAGAAGGCCAGAUUAUCAGGAGAAGAAAUGAUGACUAUAAAGCAGAGAGCAACCAAUGGUAUAGAAAACGACGAAGAGAUCAAGCAAUUGGAUGAAGAAAUAAAAGAACUAAAUGAAUCCAACUCCCAGAUGGAAUCUGAUAUGAUUAAGCUGAGAACUCAGGUACUGGACGAGCGUCCUGUUGCUUGCCAAGAUCCCUGUGUUGAUGAAUACCAAUUUCAUAUUACAACAAUGGAGAGUAACCUGAAGACAAUAGAAGAAGAGAAUAAAGUCAUUGAGCAGCAAAAUGAGUCUCUUCUUCAUGAACUGGCCAAUCUUAGUCAGUCUCUUAUUCACAGUCUAGCUAACAUCCAGCUGCCCCAUAUGGAUCCCAUCAAUGAACAAAAUUUUGAUGCCUACGUGACCACGUUGACGGACAUGUACACAAAUCAAGACCGCUAUCAGAGUCCAGAAAAUAAGGCACUCUUGGAAAACAUAAAGCAAGCCGUAAGAGGGAUCCAAGUCUAA